UGAGUUGAAAUGUCCCUUGAGUGAAUAAGUUUCGUGAGGUAAAGAAAGAAGGAAAGAUAGUAAGCAGUAAGAGGAUUGUAAGGAAUAAAUUUAAAAAGUCAUGUGUUUGUGAAUAGAUAUGAUGAAAUGCCUCGUGAUUGAACAAGUUUCGUGAAAAUUUAGGAAGAAGAGAAAAGAUAAAGAAAAGAAUUCAAAAUGUGAUGUGCUUGUGAACAGAUGAAGAGAAAUGUCUCGUGAAGUUAAAGGAAGAGGAGAGAAGACAGUAUGUGACUCGGUGGACAGGUGAAGCAGGUGUUAAUGGGCUGUUUUAAGGAGGUGUGUCCGCGCCUUCCUCCUCCUCCUCCUCCUUCCGACCCAUCGUCAUCUGGUUAAGGGCGGAGAGAGCUUCGACCUGUCCUUGACCGUUCCGGACUCCAACCACACCGCUUACAUGGCAGACCAGCAGCCCGCCUACGGGAGCUUCGGCAGCGAGGAGACCUACAGUGACCUGCAGGGGAUGGGCACCACGCUCCCCCAGCAGGAGGGCGACGCCGCCUCCUCAGCACCCCACACCCACGCUCACCACACACAGGCCAUGUACUCACACCAGGACUCAUCCAUGUACUCUUCCUCCUACUCCCCGGCGCAGAUGGCAGUGGCCAGCAGCAUGGGUGCGCCCAACCCACAGUUCCCGCCACAGAACCUCUACAUCCCGCCCAUCUCCCAGAACAGCAUGGAUCCCGCCCAGACGUCGGGGUACAUGGUUCACCCGGGCUGUGGUCCUCCCGCCCCCAUCUACACUAGUGCCAGCCCGGGCAUGCCCACAGGAGUACCACAGGGUCCCCACAUGAUGGGCGGCGCCGUGGGUAUGAUGGGCUACUACCCUCGGCAGCCUAUGGCGAGGAAUGGCGGCUCCCCGAAUUCCGGCGGCUCCCCCUCCCCGGGUAGCGAGGACUCCGAUGACUCCACGCCCCUUGCCCAGGACGCUGGUAUGUGCGAGGUGUGUGGGCGUGGUGAUGCGGCGCGUCUGACUGGCUGCGUUGUGUUGCAGAUGGCGAGAGCCAAGAGGCCGUCCUCAGAAAGCGUGGAGGGACCAGCACGAGGCAAGAAGCCCAAAGUCAGCAAGAAGAGCAAGAAGAAGAAGGAUCCUAAUGAACCGCAAAAACCAGUAUCGGCGUACGCUCUGUUCUUCCGAGACACUCAGGCUGCCAUCAAGGGAUCUAACCCCAAUGCAUCCUUUGGUGAAGUGUCCAAAAUUGUCGCCUCCAUGUGGGACUCUCUGGACGCUGACCACAAGAGUGUGUACAAGAAAAAGACGGAGGCAGCGAAGAAGGAGUACCUGAAGGCCCUUGCUGCUUACCGUGCCAGUUUGGUGUCCAAGGGCGGUGAGGGUGAGGGUGGGUUUGGGGGACCCCAGGGCUAUGGUCAGUUUGCCCCUGGGUUUGGAUACCCCCCAACCACCAGUACCCCAGUGCAUCCACAAGUACAGUCGCCAGCACAGAUGUCGCCACUGGCAAAGAAGUCUCCUCUACUCUCUUCCCUUAUGGCUGACACUCCCCCACCCAUGAUGAACCCACCAAUGUCCCAGCCCAUGCCUCCCUCUGGCCCACCCAUGAUGCCUCACGGCUCAAUGCCACCCAUGUCAGCAGCAAGCAUGGUCCCCCAGGCACAGCAGGGUCCUCAGGCUGGCCACCAGCCGCCCACACCACAGCCACACCUGACGCCCAUGACCAACGUACCUUCCACCUCCCCCUACAUGACUCAGCAGGCACCUGGCUCUCUGACGAGUCCUGGGGGAGCAAGUUCUCCGGGUGGUGGUCCACAACAACAGCCACAGCAACCCCAGCAGCAACAGCCACAGCAGCAGCAGCCAAGCCCACAACAGCAGCAAGUUGCCACUCAACAGCAGCAGCAACAACAGCAACAGCAAGCAGGGCAGCAGCAGCAACAGCAACAGGCUGGACAGCAUGGGCAGCAGCCACCGCAGCCCUCCCCACAGCAGCAACCACAGCACCAGCCACCUCAGCAGCAUCCCAGUGGUCAGGGGUCAGGAGGGCAGCAGCAGGGCAUGGGCCAACCAGCACAUGUGGGCUGCCCAAACUCUGGCCCAAACUGCAUCAGGUCUGGCUGCACCAACCCUGCCGUGCACAACCCUGAGUGGGAAGAUGAAUACUGCUCCAAUGAGUGUGUCGUCUCACACUGCAGAGAUGUCUUCAGCACCUGGGUGGCCAGCAACCACCACCAGCCAAUGAAUCCAACCUACCCGGCGCCUGUUAAAUAAAACCUCAGUGAACGUGACCUCUCACUGAGGGACCAGCUAGCCAGCAGUCCAGUUAGUCAGUCAGUCAGCAAGCCAGUCAACUGAAAGGGUUCAACUGAUGAAGACACGUACCUGGUACAGUAAUAAGUGCAUUAAGUGAAACUGUGUAUUACUCUUCAGAUGGCAAGCAGAUUGGGAUGAUGUAUGUGUGUUUGUGUGUGGAGGAAGUUGUGCUGUGGCUUGGUACCUGCAUCAUCACUCCCAACAUGUUGACAAACUGGGUGCUUGUAAGAAAGUCAGGAUUUUCUAACCUGUUGUCAGGGCUGGAGUUUUAGAUAUCAGCAUCUUUCUAUCUGUUCAAUCUAUCCUUGCUCUUUGUAGAAUUCCAGAUGUAAUGUUCAUGCCUAUCUGAUCCUAUUAUUCUUCUGAACCCAACCAAGAUGAGAGAGUUCCAGAACAAGUUUGAUGUGAAAGUGAGCAUUCCGUGUAUUAUCCUGUCAGUACCUUGGAAGGCGGCUGUGUGGACCUUGUGUGAUGGAGUCAGUGAGAGUUGUGCUCUGAGAAGAUUCAUUUUCCUAUUUGACUGUAUAGGGAAGAUGAGUCCCACUGAAGAAAAAGAGCCAGAAAGUGAGUUGCAAACAAUACAUGAGUUUCAGUUGAACACGAGGAAUGUGUGGCGGGGACCAAAACUGUUAAUAGUCUAUAAGCAGACAGUGUGUGGUACAGGAGGAGAAAGAUAUGGAUGUUCAGGUUGAGGGCUGCACUCAGCUAGAUUACCUCAUGCUCACCCCAGCAGUCACUGUAGUACAUGCUGUGCUCUCUUUCACAGGCUUCGGAACAAUAUUUUGAUCAUAAAUCUUAUGUAAGGCCAGAGAUUAAAAAUAUCUUUGGAUGUUUGGUUUGUAAAUAUUUGUGUUGAUUUUUCUUGAUAGGGAGAGAGAAAACUAUGAUUACAAUUAUUAUAGAUAUAGAAGCAUUUACAACAUAAUUUGUAAAUAUUUCAACAGUAUGUACAAGUGAUUGGUGAAAUUUCUCCUCAAUGUGAUUAUGAUGAGUUGAUACUUAUGUCUGGUAUGUAUGUAUGUACAUGUAUCAUAGUAGAUAUGUUCAGAGGCUUAUUAUUUGAUUAGCAAGGAAUCAUCACUAGAAAUGACAUGUUGUCAUACUUGUAUCAAGUCCUUCCAAAGCAUUUAACAAGGAGGUGAGGACAAAUUUCAUGCCUCCUCUGUUAGCCAUCCCUGCAUGCUGUAUGUAUGCAUUGCAAACUAUCAUGGCAGUUCCCAGGUAUUCAUUAGAGUUACAAGAGGUCUUCGGCCAGGGGUGUCGAGUGGACACUUUGCUCAAUCCUCAGUGUACAUAAGACUAAUUUUUGGAGGACUGACUGCCGGACCCUCUUGGGAGUUACUACCUUGACCUUGUAAUUUUUUAGGUUUACAACAUACAACCAAGAGGAGACAUGUUUUGCAUAUAUUUUCAAAAUUUAUUUUUCUUCAAUAAUAUUUUCUCUUGGGUGAAGCUUGAUGCAAAGCACUACAAAUGGAGAUAUAUUAUUUGGUGUACAGACUGCUAAAGUUCAGGGAAAUGGAGUGUAGAUGUAAUGUAAUGUAUUGUUGGUCAUUUACAAACUACCUGCCUUCACAUCAGGUUUUACCCAUGCUUGUAGAUCAUAGGAAUCCUUCGGUCCUAGAAUAAAGUCAGUGUUUGCCCUUCUUAUAUAGCUAAUAUGUUGAUGAAAUACUGUGCUUCAUAAGACAGGCAGAGGCUCCACCACAGGUUAUUUUGGUUUACUUUUGUGGUCUUUUCACAGCAUUUUGUAUCAAAUUUGUAUCAAAUUAUGUUUUAUACCUAAAAUGAACAAAUUUCGUAAGAACAAUGAUUUCAGAACAAUGUAAAUCCACUAAGAUUGCGAAAGAACAGCUCUAGAACAAGCACUGCUGUCAACAAGAACAAUAAUGAAAACAGCAAAAAUAUGUUAUGUAGCAAAUGACAAUGUUUUCUAAACUCUUAGGAAGCAUUUCAUAUAUUUAAACUAAUGUAUUAGUUAAUGGUUCUUUAAGCUUCACUAAAACCAUGAAAUUGCAUAAUCAAUUUUCCUCAUGGUUCCACCCUGAGGCUGUUGUGUUAAUGUGUACAAUGCCUGUGUGUGCUCUCUUUCACUUCUGUAUUCACAAUAUAAUAAACAUUAUACACACUU